CUUCAUUUUUUUUAUUUAAAAUUUUAAACGUGUCGAAAUUUUAGUACUCGAUAAUGGAACCCUCUGUUCAUGAUCUUGAACAUUUUAAGACCGCCUUCCAGAUAUUAGCUUUUGACAAUGAUGAUAGAGUCACAGUCAAGGAUCUUGAGAAUGCUUUACGUGCCUUGGGCAGGCAGCCGACAGAAAAGGAGCUACAAUUGAUUAUCAGCGAUGUAGAUUAUGAUGGCAACGGGUUCGUUGAAUAUGACGCGUUUGUGCGAUUACUGAUUUACAGAAUGAGCUAUCCUCCGGACGAGGAUGCUCUGCGUGAAACAUUUCGCAUUUUUGACAAGGACAACACCGGCUUUAUAGGAGUUGCUCAGAUUCGCCUCGUCAUGAUGGAUCUUAAUCAGCACUUAACCACCGAGGAGUGCGAGGAGAUGAUACGCCCCCAUGAUGAGGAUGGUGAUGGAAAACUGAGUUACGAGGAGUUUGUCCUGAUGAUGACCACCAAAUAGAUCAACUGUCAAUCGAUAAUAAUCCCCAUACCCGACAAUCCCUUUCGGAGAAUCGUACUAGUAAGGCUGCCCUGGUUGUGUACCCUUAGAAAAGCUGCCCUAUAACAAUGGAGGCUUCUGUCUGUUCAUUUGUUGGCAAAGCAAUAAUCUAAUAUGUUUUCUGAUUAAAUUUGAAUAUGUUAAGUCUAAUUUUUUGCU